ACCUGAUCCAGCUGGUGGGCUGAUUGCAGGAAAACUUGGCAGCUUCCCACCCCGGGGGCCUGGGCAGCGCGAGGCUGCGGCCUCAUAAGGUGCGGGGAGCAGGCGGGAGAGGCAGGCUGGCUGGGACGGGAGGCCGGCAGAGGCCGGGCAGGCUGGUCCUCCGCAGGACUCACGGUGAAGGCCCGCCGAGGUCCCAUGCGGCGGGAGGCUCACCAUGCUGUCGUGGGCGCCCUCGCUUCUUGCCUUCCUUCUUCCCACCCUCCUGGUCCAGGGAGAAGCCAGGCACCACGGGGGCCUCUGGACCCACAGCACCAGGCCCGCCCUGCUGAGGCUGUCAGACUACCUCCUGGCCGGCUACAACAAGGGCGUGCGACCUGUGCGGGACUGGAGGAGACCCACCACCGUGUCCAUUGACGUCAUUGUUUACGCCAUCCUCAGCGUGGACGAGAAGAAUCAGGUACUGACCACCUACAUCUGGUACCGGCAGUACUGGACCGAUGAGUUCCUCCAGUGGGACCCGGGAGACUUUGACAACAUCACCAAGCUGUCCGUCCCCACGGACAGCAUCUGGGUCCCCGACAUUCUCAUCAACGAGUUCGUGGAUGUGGGCAAGUCUCCAAACAUCCCCUACGUCUAUGUCCGGCAUCACGGUGAGGUGCAGAACUACAAGCCCCUCCACGUGGUGACCGCCUGCAGCCUGGACAUCUACAACUUCCCCUUCGACGUUCAGAACUGCUCCCUGACCUUCACCAGCUGGCUGCACACAAUCCAGGACAUCAACAUAUCCCUGUGGCGCUUGCCGGAAGAGGUCAAGUCCGACAAGAGUGUCUUCAUGAACCAGGGCGAGUGGGAGCUGCUGGGGGUGCUGACCCAGUUUCGGGAGUUCAUGGAAAGCAGCGACUGUUACGCGGAAAUGAAGUUCUACGUGGUCAUCCGCCGGCGGCCCCUGUUCUAUGCUGUCAGCCUGCUGCUGCCCAGCAUCUUCCUUAUGGUCAUGGACAUUGUGGGCUUCUACCUGCCCCCCGACAGUGGGGAGAGAGUCUCCUUCAAGAUCACGCUCCUCCUGGGCUACUCGGUCUUCCUGAUCAUUGUGUCUGACACGCUGCCGGCUACCGCCAUCGGCACGCCCCUCAUUGGUAAGGCGCGCUCCGGGCAGAGCCGAGCGUGGCGAGGAGCUGGCCCCAUCCCACCUCCUGUGUGUCCUCUCCGCCCCGCCCUGGGCUGUGCAGGUGUGUACUUUGUCGUGUGCAUGGCUCUGCUGGUGUUAAGCCUGGCGGAGACCAUCCUCAUCGUGCGGCUGGUGCACAAGCAGGAGCUGCAGCGGCCUGUGCCCGCCUGGCUGCGGCGCCUGGCUCCGGACAGGCUGGUCCCACCACUCUGCCGAAGGGGACAGUCAGCCUCCCCAAGGCCCCCAACCACCUCCCAAGCCACCAAAACUGAUGACUGCUCAGACAUGGGGAACCGCUGCAGCCCUCGGGGAGGACCUCAGGACUCGGAGGGGACCCCGAGGGGCAGGGGCAGCCCCCCGCCCGCGCCCCGGGAGGCCUCGCUGGCCACGUGCGCAGUGCUGCAGGAGCUGUCCUCCGUCAGGCACCUCCUGGAGAGGCGGGAGGAGGGCCGCGAGGUGGCCCGGGACUGGCUGCGCGUGGGCUCUGCGCUGGACAGGCUGCUCUUCCGCAUCUACCUGCUGGUGGUGCUGGUCUAUGGUGCCACGCUGGUCGCCCUCUGGUCCAUCUGGCAGUGUUCCUGAGGGGGUGUGGCCCAGCAGGGCAGGGGCAUGAAGACCCUGGUGAGGAUGGGGUGGGAGGACUUCAGGGCCCAGGGGAGCCAGCGCCAUUCCCAAGACGCCUGCGCACUCGCACCGCUGCUCCCAAAGCCAGCUCUCCGCAGCCCCCGCAGGGCCUCCACUCUUCCCAGAGCACUUGCGCUCAAGACCUCCACCUCCUGCCUGCCCCUCGUUAGCUCUGAAACAUGCUGUCUCAGAUCAGGAGAAGCCCGCGCAUCCCCUGGCGUCGCUCUGUGUGCCUGUGUCCCCGGCCUCAGUGUCCCCACUGACACUCCUCUGAACAGGGCACUUUGGCGUUCCGUGCAUCUCUCUCAAUCUUGUUUUUAGAUCGAAGGCAAACUGGCUCUCUGCCAACAGCAAUGAUAACUCAGCAUGAGGUCUGUCUAACCCCACUGUCCCCGCCACCUCUAAUCUCACUGUCUGGCACCUCUAACCCCAGUGUCCCCACCACCUCUAACCCCACUGUCUGUCACCUCUAACC